GGGUAAUUCUCAACUUUCAAUCCCCUAGUUCAAUACAAUGUACAGUGACGUGAGGUCAUUUUAUAAAAAUAAAAACAUUCUUCUUACUGGUGGGACAGGAUUUCUGGGGAAGUUGAUCAUCGAGAAGCUGUUGAGGACUUGUGACGUCGAGGGGAUAUAUCUUAUAGUCAAGCCGAAGAAGGGACUAUCACCGGAAGAACGAUUGAGGAACCUGCUUGAAGAACCUGUAUUAGCCAAAGUCAGACAUGCUAAUGCCAGGAACUUUCAUAAAAUACACGUGCUCGAUGGGAAUUUGACGAAGAAACAGUUGGGACUCAGUGAGGAAAACAGAACUCUUAUUAAAAAUAAAAUAAAUAUAGUUUUUCAUUGUGGAGCAACUUUAAACAUGGACCUGAAACUCCAAGAAGCAGUCAUUACCAACGUUCGAGGCACUAUGGAACUAUUAGAGCUAAUCAAAGAAUCUGAGCAAAUUCAGGCAUUUGUCCAGGUAUCAACCGCUUUUUCCAAUUGUUACGAGAAAACCAUCGAGGAAAAGUUUUACGAAACACCAAUUAAGCCGGAGUUGCUUAUACAAAUGAGCGAAGAAAUGAAUCCAGAGAUGUUUAAUAGUAUUAGUGGAAAGCUAGUUGGAAAGUGGCCGAAUACUUACGUUUAUACAAAAGCAAUAACUGAAAACAUAGUUCUUUCGAAGGGAAAAUAUUUGCCAGUAGGAGUUUUCAGACCUGCCAUCGUCACUUCCACCGUUUGGGAGCCAUUUCCAGGAUGGUCUGAUAACUUGUAUGGCCCCCUUGGUAUAUUACUAUCGUCGCACUGUGGCCUUCUAAGAGUAAUACGAGCAAAUGGUAAUUUACGAAACCAUACGGUUCCUGGAGAUAUGUGUAUAAAUGCUAUAUUAUGCUUUGCUUGGGAUGUGUCCAGAAAAUGGGAUAUAUCAAAAGAAAAUGUUCCUCCUGUCUUGAACUUUUCUGCAAAAAACACGAAAUUAUUUUUAGCUAGUGGUCAAUAUACAAAUUGUAGCGGCCUAGAUUAUUUACCAUUUAAGAAAGCAAUGUGGCAUCAGUUUUUAAUUUUAGCAGAGAAUAGGUACUACUACUUGAUGUUGAAAUUUAUUCUUCAUACGAUACCUGCUUAUAUAAUCGACACAAUAUUAGUACUAUCGGCUAGAAAAGCAAGAAUGAAAAGCGUGUAUGCAAAAAUUGAAAAGACGUCAGAUAUUUUGAGUUACUUUCUUCUGCAUGAAUGGGACAUCCACAACGACAACGUAUCAAUAUUGUGGUCAAAAAUGAGUCAGGAAGAGAAGGAAAUUUUUAAUUUUAACGUUAAUUCAGUGGAUUUUAAUAACUAUAUGAAGAACAUGAUGCUCGGACUGAAGAAAUAUAUCCUAAAAGAAGAUAUGGCGAAAGCGAAAUUACACAGGCAACGAUACCAGAGGCUAACUCUGCUGCAUUAUACCCUCAAAUAUACAUUAUUUGGACUGGCCACAAUUCCAAUAUAUAAAACCCUAGCCAGACUUUGCCUUCGAAAGAGAAAGUAACACCAACCAUAUUUCUAUUAUUAAUAAAUUAAUCAAAAUAUUUUAUGGAUUUACUAUAAAUAUACAGUAUGGUGCAAAUGAAAGGAAUAAAUUCGUUAUUUCGUAAACCGGCGACUUUACGGAAAAAUCCCGAAACAAGUCGAUUUUUAUUUUUAAAUUAAGAUAUUUUGGCAUAUAUAUCACACAAUUGACGUCAACCAUCUGGGCGUAAUGGCGUAAUCAAUUUUUUUUUAAUGAGAAUAGGGGUCGUGUGCUAGCUUAUUUAAAAGAUUAUUCAAUUCUCUAUUCAGUAAUAUAAACAUUAACAUCGUUAUGAAUACAGGGUGUC